GAGGGAAAGUCGGCAAAAAAACAAGCUUGCUGUCCUGUCCGGAACUAUUUUGAAUGUGUGGUUUAAUAGUAGAAUAAAAAAAAAAAGAGAGUCGCAUUUAAAAUCUCAAACAGGACUUUAAAACAAAGAAACAAAAAAAAACACUCAAUGAGUUGCUGUGUUCAAAGUAGAAAGUGGGGUCUGGUGAUCUUUUGAUUUAGAAUUUAAAAAAAAAAGAUAAAACCCCUCCCACGAGGAUACAAUGGAUACAAUGUUUGAUAAAGAAGAAGUAACGGACGACAUCGCAGCAGAUGCAAUGGCUGCCCCGUCGCCAGCAAAGAGUAUUGGCGACCCAGGCAUCACGCCUCUCUCUCCUACACACAUAAUGCAGGAUGCGGAGCAGAACGAGCCGGCGAGUCACUCCUUCGUGGUGGUAGUAGCCAUCGACUUCGGCACCACGUCCAGCGGCUAUGCCUACGCUUUCACCAAAGAGCCGGAGUGUAUCCACACCAUGAGGCGCUGGGAGGGCGGAGACCCGGGCGUGUCCAAUCAGAAGACGCCGACCACCAUUCUGCUGAGUCCCGACAAGAAGUUCCACAGCUUUGGUUACGCGGCGAGAGACUUCUACCACGACCUGGACCCCACCGAGUCAAAGCAGUGGCUCUACCUGGAGAAGUUUAAAAUGAAACUUCACACGACUGCGAAUCUGUCCAUCGACACCGACCUCCACGCAGCCAACGGGAAGAAAGUGAAGGCUUUGGAUAUAUUCGCCUACGCCCUGGCCUUCUUCAAGGAACAGGCUCUCAAAGAGCUGAGCGACCAGGCGGGGGCGGAGUUCGAUAACGCUGACGUCAGAUGGGUCAUCACUGUUCCGGCCAUCUGGAAAAUGCCGGCGAAGCAGUUCAUGAGAGAGGCUGCGUAUAAGGCGGGUCUGGCUUCACGAGACAACCCCGAACAGCUCAUCAUCUCACUGGAACCCGAGGCCGCCUCCAUCUACUGCCGCAAGCUCCGCCUACAUCAGAUGGUCGACCUCGGCGAUAAGACGUCCAUCAACGGCUACAACCCUCCCGAGAACGUCGGGGCCAGUAUGGGACAAGCCAAGGAACACGUGCGCCGCAACCGGCAGAGUCGCACCUUUCUGGUGGAAAAUGUCGUAGGAGAGCUCUGGUCCGAACUCAGUGAAGGUGACAGAUACGUGGUGGUGGAUUGUGGAGGAGGGACGGUGGACCUGACGGUGCACCAGAUCCGCAUGCCUGAAGGUCACCUGAAGGAGCUCUAUAAGGCCUCAGGGGGUCCAUACGGUUCGAUCGGCGUGGACUACGAAUUUGAGAUGCUGCUCUACAAGAUCUUUGGUCAGGACUUCAUCGAUCAGUUCAAGAUAAAGAGACCGGCUGCAUGGGUGGACCUGAUGAUAGCGUUCGAGUCGCGCAAGAGAGCCGCAGCCCCCGACCGCUCCAACCCGCUCAACAUCAACCUGCCUUUCUCUUUCAUCGACUACUACAAGAAGUUCCGCGGCCACAGCGUGGAGCACGCGCUGCGCAAGAGCAAUGUGGACUUUGUUAAGUGGUCGUCUCAGGGCAUGUUGAGGAUGAGCCCUGAUGCCAUGAACGCUCUGUUCAAGCCCACCAUCGACCACAUCAUCCAGCACCUCAAGGAGCUGUUUGAGAGGCCUGAAGUAACAGACAUCAAGUUCCUGUUCUUGGUGGGUGGUUUCGCCGAGUCGCCGCUCCUGCAGAAGGCGGUGCAGGACAUGUUGCAGGGCCAGAGCCGCAUCAUCAUCCCGCACGACGUGGGUCUGACCAUCCUGAAGGGAGCCGUGCUAUUCGGCCUGGACCCGAGCGUGAUCAAGGUACGCCGCUCGCCGCUCACCUACGGCGUGGGUGUGCUCAACCGCUUCGUGGAGGGAAAGCACCCGCCCGAGAAGCUGCUGGUCCGCGACGGCACACGCUGGUGCACCGAUGUCUUCGACACGUUCAUAUCAGCCGACCAGUCGGUGGCGCUGGGGGAGACGGUAAAGCGCAGCUACACGCCGGCCAAGCCCUCGCAGCAGGUCAUCGUCAUCCACGUGUACUGCUCAGAGCGGGAGCGCGUAGGCUUCAUCUCGGAUGCGGGCGUGCGAAAGUGCGGCACCCUGCGUCUCGACGUCAGCGGCACGGAGAGUCCGGCGCCUGGGGUGCGCCGCGAGAUCCAGACGCUCAUGCAGUUCGGCGACACCGAGAUCCGAGCAAUGGCCAUUGACGUGGCUACCAACCGCACCGUCAAGGCCAGCAUCGACUUCCUCGGCCAGUGAGACGGAGAGAAGGAGGGAAAAUGAUGAAGGAAGGGUGUUGUACUUGUAUAGUAAUUGCACCAACGCUUGACCUGGAGAUCGACUUUCCUACACGGUGUAGUGUGAAUACAGCUGAUUCAGCUAAUCAUGUCCUCCUGAAGGUACUGAGAAAUCAGAGAUUAUUCAAAUACAUUACGCUCGGAAAGUCGACCUCCAGGAAGCGGAUUGGCUGCUUGGGAAUUAUAGCAAAUUUAGCAGAAUUAACCUAAAGGAAAUCUCCAGCAUCUUUCAACCUUCUCUCUAAUGUAAUUAACACACAUUAGAAGUUCUACAUGUUAUCUCUCUUUUUCUUUUUUCUUUUUUUUCUAUACAGCUCCCAUCCUUGGUCCUGAAGAAUUCUGCAUGUUUCCGUGUCUUUCCUGCCUCUUCCACGCAGGAAGGGCUGUUAAUUAGCUGACUAAUUGAAUCACAUUUGUUAGAGCACUAAACCUUUCAGGACCGGUGCUUUAAAGGGAAUCCGGUUCACGUACAGUAGAACCGUCUCAGAGCUGUCGUUAAUGUAUUUGACGGCACCUGGGAACCAUGAAACCAUGAGGACUCAUGAGGAUCCUUCACUCUAGAAUUGUUUUUGAAGCAUUCUUUAAAAAAACACACUUAAAUUUUUUUUUCACAAAACAGAUAUAUUCAGGUUAUUUAUGGUCCUACGCUGUAGUCGCGGUAUCCAGUUGUGCAUUUAUAAUAUUUACUGCAGUGCUCGAAUUUGUUCUAUUAUAAGUGAGUGGUGAGUAAACAUAAAAAAAAAAAGUUAGUUAGUUCUAAUGACAUGUCCAUGAGUUUUGGUUGAAACCGUGUAGGAGAAUUCCUUUAACAGCUGCAGAUUCAAAACUGGAGGAACUAGAGGCAACUGUUAGUCUGGGCUGUUUCGCUGAUUUUACUGUGGGUUCACUUAUUGACCUCCCAAACCCUUCCCUCUUUUUGUUAUUCUCACCAAACUGACUCAGAUAUAAAGAAUUUGAAUUGCAAUUCCAUCAUCACUACAUAACUUCGGUGUUCUUGGAAAUCAGCAUCUAGCUGGCUCACAUCACACGUGUAUUUUUUUCUCUUACUUGACCGGAUCAGUGCGAUUUAAACACUAAUGUGACUGCAUGUGUAUGUUUUUUUUUUUUUUUUGUGUGUGUGCUGUGUAAUAAUCAAGGGCAUCAGCAGAUAGAUAAACCAGAUAAAUAAACACGAUAUUUAGGUAACGAUUCGAUUUAUAUUGCGAUUUUGUAAAUAAAACGAUUUUAUGAAAGUCUAGAUUCAAUAUUAUUAAUUCAAAUUAAAUUUUUAUUUGGCACGUAGAGUCAUACACAGUACGAUAUGCAGUGCAAUGCUUAUACGUCCGUCUGUGACCUUAAAAAUAAAAGCUUAUAGAUAAGAAAUAAAUAUGAAUAAAAAAGAAAUAAAAUAGAAAAUAAAUUUACCUAGGAUAAAAAUAGAUAUAUUCUGUACAAAUAAAGACAUUCUGUACAAUAUAGAAAAAUAUAGA